AUGUCAUCUUUCUUUUUUUCUUUCUUUCAUUCUUUCCAUUUCUUUCAUCUUUCUUUUUCCUUUUCACCUAACGUUCUUUCAUUUUCUUUUUUUCUUUCUUUCAUUCUUUUCUUUUUCUAUUUCUUUGUUUCUUUCUCCUUUCACCUAACGUUCCAAACCCAUGUCAUCUUUCUUUUUUCCUUCUAUUUCUUUUCUUUUUUUUUAUGUAUGUAUGUAUGUAUGUAUUUUCUUUCUUUUUUUUUCACUUUUCUUUUUUUUUCAAACCCAUUCUCUUUUUAUGUUUUUUUUUCUCUUAUUGUUUUUAUGUAUCACCUAACAUUCCAAACCUGUGUCAAUGUAUCCAAACCCAUGUCAUCUUUCUUUUUUUCUUUCUUUCUUUCUUUUUGUUUUUAUGUAUAUUUCUCCUUCUUCUAUCACCUAACAUUCCAAACCUGUGUCAUGUAUGUAUGUAUGUAUGUAUGUAUGUAUCUUUCUUUCUUUUUUCUUUCUUUCAUUCUUUCUUUUUCUAUUUCUUUCUUUCUUUCUUUUUUGUUUUUAUGUAUUUUUUCUUUCAUUCUUUUUUCUUUUUUUUGUUUUUAUGUAUAUUUCUCCUUCUUCAUUUCUUUCAUUCUUUCUUUUGUAUGUGUAUCUUUUUUUUUUUUUCUUUUUUCUUUUCUUUUUUUCUUUCUUUUUUUUGUUUUUAUGUUUUUAUUCCAAACCCAUGUCAUCUUUAUUUUUUUUUUUCUCCUUUUUUUUUUUUUUAUAUUUAUCCUUUUCACCCUAACGUUCCAAAUCCAUGUGUCAUCUUUAUCUUUCAUUCUUUUUUUUCUUUCAUUCUUUCUUUUUAUUUCUUUCACUUUCUUUUUUUUUGUUUUAUGUAUUAUUUCUCCUGCUAUGUCGUUUCCAAAUGGCGCCUUUCUUCGUUUUCUCGUCAAGCAGAUAAUUAACAACAACAAAGCGAAAUUAAAAGGAAAAAAAAAAGAACAAAUAGUUUAA